AUGAGAGAGCUGGGCUUGGUUCUCCUGUGCCUCCUUCGCAUCUCCAGGAAGGGUGUGCAGAGCAAUGGCUGGUCUGUCCAUGUCCCAUCUGACGUUACUGGAGAGCUUGGGAAGAUGGUUAUCCUUCCCUGCACCUUCACACACCCCUACAAAACAUUUGACCGGGCCCUCACGGCCAUCUGGAGGAUCAAGGAGCCUUACAAUGGCACGGUGAUCUUCAAGUGUGUGAGCCAGAGCAGCAGCGAGCUCUGCAGGACUGCCAUCAGCCACAGGAACAAGUACAAGCUGCUGGGCAACCCCCGGCACAAGGACCUGUCCAUCAGGGUUGACAACCUCACCUGGAGUGACAGUGAGAGGUACUUCUGCAGGGUGGAGCUGGCUGGAGAUAUCCAGGACAAGUAUGAGAGCAGGAAUGGGAUAAAGCUGCACGUGAUUGCUGCCCCCAGGAUCAUUAACAUCACGGUCAGCUCCAGCAGGGAUCACACCUUCCAGGCUCGCUGCACAGCCGAGGGGGAGCCAGCACCUGCCCUGAGCUGGAGCGGACCCCCCGACAGCAUCCUGAGUUCCAGCAGCAACUCCAACCACCGGGUCACCAAGGAGCUGCGGUCCCUGACCCAGGAUGGGAAGUACACCUGCACUGCUGUCAACAGCCACGGCAGGGCAGAGGGAGCCCUCUACCUGUACAGGUUCAGAGCAUCCCACAGCUCCUCCUUCAUGAUCCUCGUCUUUGUGCCGCUGGGAAUCAAGCUGGUGGUUCUGCUGGUGAUACUGAGCUUCACCUUUUUCUACAGAGAAGUUUGUAAUGGAGCAGAAAAAGUUGCCUCACCAAAGCUGAUGAGCUCAGGCAAGUGUGCAGGGAAGAUUAAGUCACUACUACGAAGUGGUAGUGGAAGUCCCAAAGGCCACAAGGUCACAAAGGCCAAGCACAGACAAAUCUCCAACUCAACUGUAAACAUCCUCCAAGAUCAGGUGAAUAGUUCCACCUUAUGGUACAGAGCAGUAUGGGUCAAUGUGGAGAGGCAGGCAGAGGCCCAGUAUGGCUUAGAUGAGGAGGAGGAGGAGGAGGAGGAGAAAGAAUUAAGAAAGAGGAGGUGGCUUGAACUGAUUUUCAUGAUAAGUUAUAAUUACACUGAUGGAUUUGAUGCUCUGUGCAAACAUCUCAGUGCAGCAGCUCCAAAACUGUUCCCAAACAAUCCUGCUCCUGGUAACAACAACCACACUGACACUGAAAUGCCAUCAAGUAGUUAA